AUGAAGCUUUCACCACGCUUGUUAAUGGCGUCGCCUUCGGCGGCAGGUACUGGAAAGGGAUUGAGGCCUGCACCUUUGGCUUUACUGCCACCGAUUCCUUUGUAUCGAAGGCUGUUUAGAGCGCAUAGGAAACAUUUACCGAGAGAGAUGAGGUUAUUGGGGGAUGAGUAUAUUAAGAGCGAGUUUAGACAACAUAGGGAGGUGGAGAAUCCGGUGCAUAUCAUUGGCUUUUUAACGGAGUGGCAGAUGUAUGCACAGAAACUUGAGGGAGAAAGUUGGAUUGGGGAGCGUAUGGAUAAGGAGAAGAUUGACAAGAUGAGUGAUCAACAAUUAGGGCAAUUGUAUGAGCUCAUGCAAGCAAUACGAAAGAAACAAGUGGAGGAAAGUGGCGAAGAGAACCCCGCGCCUGAACAGUUAUAA